UCACUGUUGUGGGCUUUUUGGGUUUCCCCUCGUGCAGCAGGACCUGUGAUUCUCCACUGAAACACUCGGCACAGGGUCACAUCCUCAUCAUGGCGUGUGCUGGAGUCUCUUACGAGGAGCAUUUCUGUUGCAACAUUUGCCUGGACGUCUUCACGGACCCGGUCACUUUACCCUGCGGCCACAACUUCUGCAAAACCUGCAUCACCAAACACUGGAGCUGCAGCCAGAACAGAGUCUGCGCCCUCUGCAGGCAGCCGGUCCCCCAAAACACGGAGCUCAGGGUCAACACGGUGCUCUCGCAGAUGUCCCAGCAACUGAAGACUGAAGCGCAGAAGAGACGAGAGGAGGGGACAGAGGGGGAGUGGAGAGAGCGAGAACAAGAGGUCCCCUGCGAUGUCUGCGGAGAAAGAGCGCUGAAGUCCUGCUCGAUCUGCCUGGCGUCGUUUUGCGAGGUGCAUUUGUCUCCUCAUUACAGAAGCGCAGGUCUGAGGAGGCACCAGCUGAUCGAGCCGGUGAAGAACCUGGAGGAGAGGACGUGUCCGACGCACAACAGGCCCCUCAGGUUCUUCUGUCAGUUGGACCAAAUGUUCCUUUGCCAGUUCUGCUCCGAGUCUGAACACAGCAGACACAUGGUGGUCUCCGUGGAGCAGGAGGGAGAGGAGAAGAUCCGAGAACUUUCCAAACUCCAGGACAAACUCUGCGACUUGACUGAGGAAAGACGAAAGAAGACGAAGCAACUCAAGCAGACGGCGCGCGACGAGGAAGACAAGACGGCCGAGAGCGUGCGAGACUGCGUGCAGGCGGUGUUCAAAGUCAGCCGAAGUCUCGAGGAGGGUCUUUCGCAAAUGAUCGAAACCAUGCAGACGAAACAAAACGAGGUGUCGAGACAAGCCGAGUUUUACGUUUCGCAACUCGAGGAUGAAAUUUACGAACUGGAGACGGCCGGGGCUGAGCUGGAGGAACGCAAAAAACACACAAACGACUACUUUGAGCUCGUUCAAAGUUUCGAAACACUCAAAACUGAACCAAGAACGCUAGAUUUAAGUCAAGUAGAAGUCCGUUCAUUUCAGAGAAGCGUAGUGGACGCAGUUGUGAGGAAAAUGAAUGAGAUCGUUGCGGAUUUGGGCAAGUUUUGGACAGAAAUAGAGCUAAAACGUGUGCAACAAUUCACGGUUGACGCCACUUUAAACGCAAAAUCACUUUAUCCGAGGUUAAAUUUGUCUGCAGACGAUCAACAGUUAACGUACGGUGAAGAUGAAGUCCAAAUCGCCAACAACCCAAACAAGUUCACCAAAAAUAUUGAAGUUUUAGCGCAACGCACUUUGUAUUUUAGUAACUUUUAUUUUGAAAUCAACGUGACAUAUAUGAAAUGGAAUCUAGGAGUAGUGCGUGAAAAGAUGGAUCAAAACGACGGAGAGAUUUUGAGACCAGAAAGCGGUUUCUGGGUGAUUCAGGAGAGAAAUGGUACCAAGUUUUGCGCGCUGACAAAACACAAGUCCGUGAACUUGGUCCCGUGCAACAGACCGCAGAGAGUUGGCGUUUUUGUGGAUUACGAGGCGCGUUCGGUGUCGUUUUAUAAUUCGGAAACAGCAGAAAAGAUUUACACGUUUGAGAAGUGUGAAUUCAAUGGUCGAGUGCUCCCGUAUUAUUACGAGUUAUGGCCUUGUGCUUGACCUUAGAUGUAUUUAUUUAAAGAGACAAGCCACAUAAACGUUUUACUUUUUAGAAUUGUAUUAUUUUGGUCCGUCUGUUAACAAUUUGUAAAUAUUCAAAUAAAGCUGCAGCUGCAAAUCUUUAAAAUGUUAUUGUUUUUAUCAUUACAGUUGGGAAUUUAGUCAUGAAAAGUCUGAUAGUGAAGUUGUGUUCUCUAAGAAUUUAAACUACCGUAUUUCUCGGACAAUAAGUCACACUUUUUUUUUAUGGUUUGGGUGUUUUCUGCGACUUAUACUCUGGUGCGACUUAUAUAUUAAAAUUUUCAGACUGACAGUCGCAAGAGGUUCUAGUCUUGUGUGUCAGUAUCUAGUACGACUAUUACUCCUGUACCACUGUCACUUGGCUCUACUGCGCAUGUCUCCUGUAGAAAAAGCCGCUGUUCUGCUGCAAAUAGUGAAAUAUUCAGCCGAAAAUGGUAAUCGGGCAGCAGAAAGAAAGUUUGGAGUGAGAGAGAAACUUGUGAGGGACUGAUGGAACACAGCUUCACGGUAACCAGGAGGAUGCACCAUGAAACUUUCCUGAAGUCACUGGAUGGAUGGACAAAGUCUGGACUUCAGUGACACUGAAACCAUCCUGUCGGGAUUCAGAAAGACCUGAAUAAUUCUAACUGGAACUGAUGCUGAGUCUGACGACAGCGACACAGAAGAGGAAGCGGCGCUCUGUUUACCUCCGGAGGUCGUGGAGUUGCUCAGAAGUGACACGAGGAUGAAGAAUUGAAUGGAUUUAGUGAUUUGGAGUGAGAUGGAGAGUUUGUUAAACUUGUUCUGUUCUGUUGUUUAUGUUAUAGUUUAUCUGAAGAACUGUUCCUAUGUGACGUUAACAUAUUAACGCCUAUUCAGCCUGUCGUUCUCUGUACUGUUGUUAUUAUUAUUUAUGUUAUUGUUACUAUAAUUUGCCUUUCAAGAUUAAAUGUCGGUUCCUGGUCUCUGAUUUUAUAAAAUACAUUUCCCCAAAAAGUGCAACUAAUAUAUGUUUUUUCUUCUUCAUUAUGCACAAGAGUUUAGUUUUUUUGUUUUGUUUAGUUUUUAUUUUUUAUUUGUGCUUUUUCAAAAUUUUAACAAAUAUACAUAAAAGAACAAACUGUCUGUGGGUUUCUACAAAAAAAAAAGAAAAAGAAAUACCUCAUACAUUCGAGUGAACUGUGUGAGUAAAAUGUGUGUAAAUGUGUGUAAAAUGUGUGUAAAAGUGUGUAAAAUUUGUGUAAAUGUGUAUAAAUGUGUGUAAAUGUGUGUAAAAUGUGUGUGUGUGUAAAAUGUGUACAUGUGUGUAAAAUGUGUUUAAAAUGUG